AUGGCGCUGGCGGCUCGCCUUUUCCCCCGAUGGCUUUUGUCCGGGCCACUGCCCGGAGGAGCCGCCAGACCUCGGUCCCCCGGCCGAGCCGAGGGGAGGCCGCCCUUGGCUGGACUCUGCUGCCUCUGCCGCCGCCACCUGGGCUGGACAACGGCCCCCUGUCCUCCAGCUUCUUGGGCCUCGGCGGCCUCGGCGCUGCCUGCCCGGGACCCCCGGCGUCCCCUGCUCCGCCCCGCGGGGCUCCCCGCCGCCCUGCCCGCGCUCCCCGCCGGCCCCCGGCGCAGCUACAGCUCCGAGGAGCAGCCCCAGCAGCGCCAGAAAACCAAGAUGCUCAUCCUGGGCUUCUCCAACCCCGUCAACUGGGUCCGGACGCGGAUCCUCGCCUUCCUCAUCUGGGCCUAUUUCGACAAGGAGUUCAGCAUCAAGGAAUUCUCCGAGGGGGCGAAGCAGGCUUUUGCUCAUGUGUCCAGAUUGCUGUCACAGUGUAAAUUUGAUCUGCUGGAAGAACUUGUGACCAAAGAGCUGCUGCUUGUGUUGAAAGAAAAGGUUACCUCACUACCUGACAGCCACAGAGAUGCCCUUGCUGCUGACAUGGAUGAGAUUGUGUACACCUCCACAGGAGACAUCUCCAUUUACUACGACGACAAAGGAAGGAAGUUUGUUAACAUCCUGAUGUGCUUUUGGUAUCUAACCAGUGCCAACAUCCCCAGUGAAACUUUAAGCGGAGCGGGUGUGUUCCAGGUUAAGUUGGGGAAUCAGAACGUGGAAACUAAACAACUUCUUAGUGCAAGCUAUGAGUUUCAGAGGGAGUUCACACAGGGAGUGAAGCCCAGCUGGGUCAUUGCACGGAUUGAUCAUGCCAAGUUACUAGAAUAAUCUUUCUUGGGAAAAUCAGCUUAUUUGAACUUUCAGCAAAUGCUGUGAAAAAUGAAGGAAGAAUUUGGAUCAGUUGAUCUUCACUUAGUCAAGUCUGUGGAUGACUUUUGCAUUAUUCUGAAAUACCCCUUGCAGUAUACUGACAUGACAUAAUAAAGCAUUUCCACAGAUCAUUGUCAUAAGAGAGGUCAACAGCCCAUUGUUGGUGUCACAUCCACUAUCAUCUCUAACGUCACACGUAUGUGUAUAUAUUCACAAACUAAUUUUAUAGACAAUAAAGAAGUAUUGAAAAAACUACACAUUUCUAACUUAA